CGGAAGUAUCAUUCGAGUGAAAAGCGUGGAAAUGGCGACUGACUCGGUGUCAAAAGAGCUCCGUGUUCAUUCUCUCAAGAUAAACGUCAUUGUGGCUCAAGUUUUUGGAGUUCCUUUGAUUCUUCGGGAGAACACCAAAUGCACCCGAUUUUUAGUGGUUUCCUAUUUCCUACUUUGUCUGAUUUUAUUCGAUAUUCUUUAUUUAUUUUGCGAAUUAUUUGAUUUGUUCUACGUUGGGAAUAAUAUUAAUGCGAUUGCCCAGAAUUUCUGUUUGACAAUAAGCCACUUUGGAGGAUGCUUGAAGUUCUUGAAUAUCAUGUACAGAUCCCAUGACUUGCAGUCCAUUAUCGAGGAAUUAAGGCGACUGCCGUCAGCGUAUAUGGUCAAACCAGACCAUGAUAACCUGUUGAGGAGUAGUGAGAAAGUAAACAUGCGGAUUGUGAAAAUAUACGUAUCAACUAUUGUUGUUACGUUUUUUGUGUCCUUCGGAACAUUGAUUCAAGAUCCAACUAUGGGAGGAAAGUUUUUCCCGUUCAGAGCAUUCCUUCCUGAUUUUCUACCACUGGCAGUUCGCAUCAUGUACUGGUCCUUUGGAGUCCUGAUAUUAGGGAUGCAAAUAAUGGUGGUUGACACCAUAAACAUAAAUUUAAUAAAUCAAGUUCGCUUUCACCUCAAGGUUCUUAACUCAAAUUUGCUGGACUUAGCAUCCAUGGAGGGUCUUGAUAAGGAUCCAUACAACGUUCUGGUCGAUUGCAUUAAGUAUCACAAAAUUAUUUUGGGGUUUAGAGAUGAAAUUGAAGAUAUUUUCAAAUACCCGCUGCUGGCGCAGUUUGUCAUAUCGAUCCUUACAAUUGUUGCAACCGGAUUUCAAGCGGUUGUUUUGUCAGAGGGUGUUCUGCUGAUAUAUUUCUACUGCAGCGGUCUUUCAGUUCAGUUGUUCUCCUAUUGCUGGUUCGCCAACCAAGUCAUGGAGGAGAACAAACUCUUAUUCAUAGCGGGAUAUAGUACAAACUGGGUCGAAUUUGGAACGCGAUACUCGAAAAUAUUACAAAUAUUCAUGAUUACUUCACAAAGGCCUCUCACUUUUACCCUCGGGGGAUUCUUCUCGCUUUCGCUGAAUACGUUUACGGUGAUAUUGAGCCGUUCAUAUUCAUGUAUAGCUGUAUUACGUCAAGUAUACGCAGAGUGAUUUGAAAAGGGUGGAGAUUAUUGGAAGAUAGAGGGAACAUGGCC